AUGGGCACACGACGACCUCUCGACGACGAAUACAUUGACAUUGACGACACAUUUGACGGCAAUCAAGAUGAGGAUGCUGGCAAGGGCGGUUACUCUUGGGAAGAAGAAUACAAGCGCAGCUGGGAUGUGCUUCAAGAGGAUGAAGAGGGUCGUCUUAGUAGCGUAGUCGCCCAAUUACAACAGCAACGGAAACGGAGAAGGCUUCUUAAGGAUACUGCCGUCAUUCAGCGUGGUAUUAUUCGACACAUGUUCCUCGUCAUUGACCUCUCGGAAGCCAUGAACGAGAAAGACUUGCGACCGAGUCGAGUUGAACUUACAGUAACUUACGCCAAGCAAUUCGUCAUUGAAUAUUUCGAUCAGAACCCAAUAUCGCAACUUGGCAUCAUCAUUACACGCGAUGGCAUUGCAGAAAAGUUAACCGAGCUUAGCGGCAACCCCAAUGAUCACACACGAGCUCUUGAUACACGCAAAAACAUUGAAACGAGUGGUGAACCAUCAUUACAAAAUGCAUUGCAGCUGGCACGAUCGAGUAUGGUGAGCGUUCCAAGCCAUGGUUCCAAGGAGAUCUUGCUCAUCUUUGGAGCAUUGACGACAUGUGAUCCAUCGAAUAUCCACGACACCGUCAGCUUGUUACAAAAGGAGAAUGUACGAGUCAACAUUGUCGGUUUAGCAGCAGAGGUGCAAAUAUGCCGUGUAUUGAGUAAAAUGACCAAAGGCAGCUAUGGUGUGGUAUUGAAUGAGGCGCAUUACAAGGAUCUAUUAUUCGAAGCCAUCCCUCCACCAGCUACAGCUCCCAAUAGAAGUGCAUCCAACUUGGUCCAAAUGGGAUUUCCAAGGAGACACACUGAGAGUCAGGCCACAUUUUGCGUAUGUCAUUCACGUUUAACGACCGUUGGCUAUAUAUGUCCACGAUGUGGAUCCAAAGUAUGCGAUCUCCCAAGCGACUGUGACAUUUGUGGUAUGACUUUGGUUUCCUCCCCACAUCUUGCUCGAUCGUACCAUCAUUUGUUUCCCGUGGAUAACUUUGACGAAGUCCGUUUAAGCGCAUUACACCAUACGCAUUGUUUUUCAUGUCUCGUGGCAUUUGAUAAAGAUGCUGGAACGGCUGCUGCAGGAACAAGCGCAUACGCAUGUCCUAAAUGCAAACACGAGUUUUGCCCCGAUUGCGAUAUCUUUAUCCAUGAGGUUCUUCACAAUUGUCCAGGUUGUUGGAGUGCUGGUUCCAAAGAUAGCAACCCCAAUAAGGAUCAAGAAAAUCAAGCUUAA